AGGGACAGAAUAUUUGGAUGUGCCGCUGAACCGAACAACGCUUCUUCUUUUUUGUUUUUUAGCUCAAGGCGGAAGUUCACGUUUGUUGGCAGAGUUGAAAACAGAAGAAGACUCUAAUCGGCGUUUCAAACUGAAGAGUUCUGGAUAAAGUUGGAAGACACCAAGUAACGACCGUCAUGCAACCGUGACACCAUGACGACCGAUCCCAGGAGUUUUACCGAACCAGAAUCUGUCAGCCCAUGACACCUGAAGGUCUGAGACGGCCGCUGAGUCCAGGUGUGUGUUCUCCUCAGAGGAGAGCAGCGAGCAGCCUCCGUGUUACACGCACAUGUUGAGCAAGAUGGAUCCUCCGACGACUUCUGAAGGUAGUGACGCAAACACCAAACUGAGCUCCAUGUCAGAGACCCCCAUGUGUCGGAUCUGUCACGACGGGGGGGCUCAGGAGGAGCUGCUGUCGCCCUGUGAGUGCUCCGGCUCUCUGUCCUCCAUCCAUCGCAGCUGCCUGGAGCACUGGCUGUCUGCUUCACGGACCAGCUUCUGCGAGCUCUGCCAGUACCAAUUCACGGUGACGAGGACGUCCAGGUCUCUGCUGGAGUGGUUAAAGAACCGGUCCCUGCGUCAGGAGAAGCGGACUCUGUUUGGAGACAUGGUGUGUUUCCUCCUCAUCACUCCUCUGGCCUCCGUCUCCGGCUGGCUCUGCCUGCGCGGUGCCAUCGAUCAUCUCCACUCCUCCAGCCGACUGGAGGCCAUGGGGCUCAUCGCUCUCACCGUGGCGCUCUUCACCAUCUACCUCUUCUGGACGCUGGUGUCUCUCAGGUAUCACUGUCGGCUGUACAACCAGUGGAGAACGUCCAAUCCGAGAGUGAUCCUCCUGCUGCCCCGCCCACACAGCCCGGUGUCGGCUCGUCACUCUUUACAGUCCUCACAGAGAGGGAGGCAGCCGUCCAAAGAGUCCAUCGUCUGAGUCCCAGUCCAGGAGUAAGACUGUGUCCCACAGGGGGGGAAUAUAGCUGCACUUUAAACUCGGCUCUGACUGCUUCUGAUGGAGCUGUGAGCAGACGCAGGGAGUACUGACUCACCUGUGAGCACACCUACACACACCGUCAGGGUGAUGGAGCGGCCAUGUUGGCUCCUGAUGAAGGAGGGACCAUCAUCGACCAAUCAUGAUUUAGCACUGUGAUCGAGACGCGGAGCAGCAGCCGAAAUUGGCUGUUGUAAAGAAUCCAAGUUUGAUAUCUUCACUACUUGGGGAAAUAUACUGGCUCCCACAUUUCACACUUCAGGGCGUAAAACAAAGUAAAAAUGUGUUUGAUGUGAAGUUUAACGUGUAAUUCUAAUCAACGAGGGUCGUUUGUUUGACCUGAAUUCGUGCUCACAUUAAAGGUCGUCUCCUGGUUCAGGUCCGUGCACACUAACAGAUUCUGUUCUGCUUAGAGGUGCAUGGAGAGUUUUCGCACUUUUCUUUGAUUUAUAAUUAAAGUAUUUGAUAAGAGCAUGAUUUAUACCAAAGAGUAUUUUUAUUAAAGCAUUAUGUUGAGGUUUUUUUGUUUGAGGAUGUAAUUUAAUAAAAUGUUUCCUACUAAACGGUU